CCCCCCCUUCCCGCCACAACCCCUCCGCGCCACACAACACAACCACCUUGGUGGCACGAGAGAGUGGAUGCUACCAGGGCGCGCGCGUCAAGGAUCUUUAAAGGCGCUCAAUUCGGACGAUUGCUCGUGAGGAGGAAAAACGAAUUAACGAUUGGUUCGUGAAAAACAAAAACGUGGAGCGUUUUUUUUUUGUCCCUCAACCACUCCAGUGGUGGAGUAUUAUAGUGUACGUUUUCUAACGUCCUCUUCGCCCCCUUCGUCUGGGGUGCCCAACUCGGUGAGGAUAUCUUUACGCAGCGGAGGUUUCUCUCGUAACAAUGGGGGACGUCGUGUCUUCGCAUCUGGACGAAAACAAGCGGGAGAUAAUUACAGCCCGCACCAGAGAUGUGAUGCGGGAGUUUGGGGAGACCUACCAGCAGCAGUAUGCGGUGGCGCUCUUCAACAGCGUGCGCUACGAGAUAGAGGGAGGAGGCACGCAGUCCCAGCUGCUGCACCGCAAGGACCCCCUGGUGGACCGGUCCAUCUUCUCGGGGAACCUCUUCCAGUACCUGGAGGAGAACAGGAAGUGGAGGAACCGCUUCGUCUUCGUGGCGAGCUCCUACUCCAUCAGCCUCUACGAGAGCAAGACGGCUCAUGACCGCAGCCUGCACCCAAAGGUCACCAUCAACUGUGCCGGAUACAGAGCCCUCAAGUCGAUGGAGGAAUACAUGGACCUGGUCAAUAACAGCCUGCCAGGGGUGAAGGCGCGGCCCAGCAGCAGUCCCUUUGUGAAGUGUGCCACCCAGUUCCCCCUGAUCCUGUGGCACCCGUACGCACGGCACCACUACUUCUGCGUCAUGACGGAGAAGGAGCAGACCAAGUGGCACGCCGUGCUGCAGGACUGUGUCCGGCACACCAACAACGGUCUCUCAGAGGACUGCAAGGUCCUGACCCCCGCCUUCACCGACGCCGUUCGGCUCCACAGGCAGGCCAAGGGCCACUACGGCACCUGGGACAUGAUGUGUGGAGGACCCCCGCAGAUCCUAGCUAACCUGGUGAUGGAGACUCUCCAUCCAGAGAUGAGGAGUCUGAUCGCUCACAGACUCAAAGGGAAGCUUCAGCAGAAACAGAGACACUGGAUGCUGAUCUCCGACGCGCUGUACAAGCAGGUGCUGCGCCACACCCGGGCCCACUACGAGGCGCUGGUCCAGAGCUGCGAGGUCCAGAGGCCCGCGUUGGACGCGGGGCUGCGGACCGACAUGGACCAGAUCAUCGCCUCCAAGGACCACGUCCAGGGGAAGAUGAGAGCGCUGGUGCUGCCCAGGGCGGAGCAGCUCCUGCUGGCCAGUGUGAAGCCGUACGUGGACUCCAUCCUGGAGGCUCUAAUGGAACCCACCAGCAGGGGCUUCUCGGAGGUCAGGGACGUCUUCUCCAGGGAGCUGGUGGAGGUCAGCAAGAACACCCUGAACGGAGGAGGCAAGGAGCUGCUGGGAGAGCAAAUGGAGAGGCUGUCCAUGCUGGCCUUCCACCCGGUGAAGAUGCAGAGCUGCUAUGAGGAGGUGGAGCAGCUGAACCUGGACGGACUGCAGCAGCGCUUCGACGUCUCCAGCCCCUCCGUGUUCGUCCAGAGAGCCCAGAUCCUGAUGAGAGAGCAAAUGGACAACGCGGUGUACACGUUUGAGCAGCUUCUGAACCAGUCCCUGGAGGGCCAGGGGGACGAGGACCUGUGUAAGACCAUCCAGAAGUGUGAGGACCGGGUGCUGAAGAAAUACGACUACGACAGCAGCACGGUGCGCAAGAAGUUCUUCCGAGAAGCUCUGCUGCAGAUCAUCAUCCCCUACAUGCUAAAACAUCUGUCUCCCUCCUGCACUGCUGAGCUUCCUAAAUUCAAGGAGCUCAUCUUUGAGGACUUCUCUCGCUUCCUAUUGGUGGAGAACGUCUUUGAGGAGGUGGUGCUGCACUCUGUCACCAAGGACAUCAUGAUGGCGGUGAAGGAGGCGGCGGUGCAGCGGCGCCACAACCUGUACCGGGACAGCAUGGUGCUGACCAACAGCGACCCCAACCUCCACCUGCUGGGGGAGUCGCCCUCGGUGGACUGGUCCACCAAGUUCUCCCCGGACGACCCGGAGGGGGAGGGGGAGGGCGGGGCCCAGGACGAGGGCCCCCGGGGCGGGCUGGCGGCGGCCAAGAGGCGGCGGCAGGUGGUGUCCAUGAUCCAGCUGGACGGGGUCCCCCUGGCCUACGAGUCCUGCAUGGAGGUGCCCGGCGUGGAGGGCAUCCCGGAGGAGGAAGGCGAGGACUACGGCAUGCGCUGCAAACUAGGAACGGAGGAGGAGGAAGACGACGACGACGACGAGGCCAGGAUGCUUCCCCGGACGCCCAAGUCCCCCGACAGCGUGCACGAGAUCCGGGGUCUGAUCAACCCUGUGGUGGAGGUGGAGCACCCGGAGGCGGAGGAGGGCGGGACCAACGGGACGGAGCCGGUGUCGGCUACCGUCCUAUUGGAGGACGGCUCGGUGGAGGAGGUGAGGUCGGUGACCACCCUGGUGGAGGGGGGUGACCAGCGGAGGGUCUCGCCGCAGGACAUGAUGAAGAGGCUCAUGGGAAAAGACAGGAAACAGGAAGUGACCGACAUCGAGCAGGCCAUACAGGAAAUAGAUCUCGCCGUGCAGGAAGGCGGGAAGGACACGGAUUUAGAGGCCGAUUUGGGGCAAACUUCGUCGAAGACCAAUGAGGGUUUGAACGAGGUAGGCCCCCAGCCAAUCAGAAACGGUCUGACAGGAGGGGACGGAAAUGGCGAAGAGGUGGAAAACUUUGGGGAGAAGGUAGCUGUGCAAAUCUCCGACGUCGUUUGUGAAAUUUAAGAAAUUCAUUAAUUACCUUUCAUCAAAAAAGGUAAAUCCUAAGCAAGGACUUUAAUUUGCAUACAUCUUCAGUCUUAUCUUUCAAAACUAUGCGUGGCUACAUUUCUAGGUUUUGAAAUCGUACAAACGUUUGUCUUAUUUAUAACUCUAAAUGCUUCACUUGGAAUUCAAUUACAUCUGAUGUGGUAUCUACUGUUAGAAUCUUUAAAUACUUAGCAUUUCAGAAACCUUUUAAGUUUCCUUUAUAAAAGUACUUUCAACGACAGUACAGGGAUUUAAUAUAUAUACUGCCAGCUGAUUGGCUGAUAGUUAGAAGCGUUAACAGCAGGUGUACAUGUGAGCCUAGUGGCAUAUGAGAGUAUCUACAUCCUGUGUGGACAGCUAACAUGGUGAGCAAUGUUCAAAAAGGCCACUUAACGGCGUCUAACAAAGCAGUCAUAGAGGGAUCUCUCACUAUUAGGUUUCAAAUACAUUUUCAAAGCGGUUUCUUUCGUCUGAUCCUUAGGGUGUAUGAUAUAUAUUCUACUAAACGUACGGCCUCCUGUUUGAGUAUCGACACAUUGUUGAUGUGAUUGUGGUCGGAUUGUAUUGAAAUGACUGCUUAGUGCUUUAUAUGGAGUGAGUGCGGUUAGGGUAGAGGGAUGUGUUUGACUAAAUGUUCAUUAGUCAACGAUAAAGGACGCAGUGAAAAAGAGGCAUUUAAGGGAUGAGUUGAUAUUGAACUUCAAGUUAGGACAGGGGGUCAUGUGAAUCUAGUUGUUUUGUAAGAUGAAUUACUAGCAAAGCACACACAAUGAUUUGUAACUGGAACUAUAUAGCAAGCACAUUUUCACGCUCAAUAAUUAACCCUGUUUGUGACUAAUUACUGGUCAAUUACUGGUAAAUAGUUUUAUUAAAUUUCAGUGGUGAACUUGGAAAGGAUAAAAGUGAUGGAUAAAUAACUAAAGGAAGAUGAGGAUGGUUAUCCCCGGUGUGAACCAACAGGAGGCGCUGGAGCUAUUAGCUGUAGCUCUCCAUUUUGUCUGUCAUCUACUACUGGCUUUUCUCGUUCUGAGGCGGGUUUAACAUAAUCAUUCUGUAAUAGCGUUACUUGCAGGGGAAAUUGUACAUUUCUAUCCAUUUUGUCCCCAUAAGAGACUCCUCUUUGUGUGGAAGACACUUUUUAAGAUCUUUCUACUGGCCAUGUUAUUGUUGUCUAUGCAGGAAAACUGGGUGUAAAUGGUUUUGUAUAACCGACUGUUACGUCAUUCAUAACAGCUUUAGACACAGGUUUCAAUUCCCUCAAACAACUUCCCUCUUGAUUUGAAAGACUUCCUGAUAACCCAUUGGAAACUAUACUUUGUGAUUAUGAGCUUGCAUAAAUAACUGAUGACUCGUUAACUUGUUUAUUUAUUAUAUAAAUUAUACAGUGGAGGUCUUUCUCUUCUGUCCAUGUCACAUCUCUUUGCCUUUUGUUUUCGAUCGUAUUCAUUGUACAUGUAUGGAUGAAUUGCAUUACAUAAUUAUGUAUUAAUGGAAUAAACAUACCGAUUACAGCAAC